CAAACCCCGCCCCUUCCUGGUUGUCCUAGCGACGGCGGUGGCGUCCCAAGAUGGCGUCGUGGCUGCCGGAGACCCUGUUCGAAAUUGUAGGACAAGGCCCGGCGCCGAGCAAAGACUAUUACCAGUUAUUGGUCACCCGAUCUCAGGUCAUCUUCAGAUGGUGGAAGAUCUCUCUGAGAAGUGAGUAUCGAUCAGCAAAACCUGGAGAAGUAAAAGAAUCUCAUCCAUACUUUCUAGAGAAUUCGCAUCUUCAAGUUCAAAUUGCCUUAGUAUUCGGUGCAAAAAUAUUGGACUAUGUCUUCAAUUUGUGCGAGGGUAAAUUAGACUACCUCGAACGGCUCUCAGACAGUCUGCUGCUGCAUAUCAUUUCCUAUCUGGAUCUCGAAGACAUUGCCAGUCUUUCUCAAACAUCACAAAGAUUUUCAAAGCUGUGCAUCUCUGACAAACUGUGGGAGCCGAUAGUUCAGUCUGCCUGUGACGACAUCACCCCUGAGAUGAGGGCCCUGGCCAAGGAUGUGGGCUGGAGACAGCUGUUCUUCGCCAACAAGCUGCAGCUCCAGCAGAAAUUCCGCAAGAGGGGAAGACAUGGACACCAGAGAGGCAGUCAGGCUUAGGGACACGUUUUCCUACCUGCAGGGGUAUUGAGGCAUGGCUAUGUUUCUCCUCUGUGUCCAAAUCUCUUCUCUUUCCUUCGAUUAAGAACUAAGGGGCUUUGCUGAUUCCAGGAGCCCUCUGAAAAGCAUAGAGUCUGCACACAAAUGCAGUAAAUUCAACUGGGCAGUGCUUUGCUUGAGCCAUAGUCCCGUUGUGGUGAAGGUCAAAUCGUGGCCCCAGCACGAGGGCUGCAGGACAAGAAGCCCCGCAGUAGUGUCUUCCCCACCCCCUCCCGACACCCAUAAGAAAGGAGGCUUCUGCCAUGUAGAAACAAACAAUAAAUGAUUAUUAGCGGGUUUUUAUUACAUAUCUAUUUUAUCGAGGCAUUGAGAAAAGAAACUCAGCUUUUGAAUGUUUUCCCGUUGUGUCAUCUGAGUCCAUCCGUGGAGCAGGUGGCCACGUGUUCCCACAAGGAACUGUGGGGCAGUGGCAGCGGGAGGCACUCCUGGUGAGUGCAGCCACCUUCUCAGCCGUCCUGCGGGCUCGGGUACCAGGCUCCGCCCUCUCGUGUCAUCGUGUCCUCAUGUCCUCUUCCAGCGACAGCCUCCACCGGGGUCCUGGGGCAUGGCGGGAGAGCAGGCCAGGCGUUCUGCUUGCAGACCUCGUCCUGAGUCCAACCUCCCCGGACUUCGCAUUGUCAAACAAACCUACAGAUAUUUCUCAAAAGGAUGCUGCUUCCCCCAAGGCGACGUGGACAGUUACCGCUUCUAUAACAGGGAUGUUUAAGAGCCCAGGCUGUGGGUUAACUGAGUGAAAGCCUAAGUACGCUUUGUAUUCUGUUAACUCAGCAAAGGGGCGAAAACAGUACAGUUCCACCUCCCUGAGGAGGGCUAUUUAAAAAUUAUUUUCUUCCUGCGUGCUCAUGAUGAUUACUUACCCCAGACAAUGGACUCGUAGCAGCGAAUAAUCUAAUGACUCCUUUUAGGCUGCAGAGCAAAGUAGCUUCCACCUUGUUAACCUUCUCAUUUCUUCCCUGCAGCUUCCACUUUGCUACCUAGAAAAAAAUAACAUGCCCCUCCCCCGCCCUUCCAGAGCGAGAGGAACUCCCAUGAUGCAGCGGGACCUCCCAAAUGGUGCAAAAGUGGACUCUGGCUGUCCUCCCCACCCAAGUUCUUCUGGAAGGGUUCCAUGGCCAUGGCUUAGUGAUGGAUGCUUUUUCCUUUUUUUUUUUUUUUUUUUUUACUAGAUCUGUGUUAUAUCAAACCAGAUUUUAAACCCUAUCUACACAGUCCUACUCAGUCAUCGAUUUCCAGGGACAUCUGUGAAAUCGAACGCAGCCGGCUUCCCUGCAGAUGAGCAGAGGGGUCAAAGUCGUGUCUGGAUUUAGUCCAAGCUCAGAGCAAAGAUUUUAUUGGCCAGAGGCCCAGGCCGCAUUCCCUGCCCGGGGGAGACACUAACCGGGCGGCGCAGGGCGACCCGCAGCGGGCGGAGGGCACGUGCUCCUGCGUGGCUGCCGCCGCCUUGCUUCUGCCUGAACUUUCGGAUUUCAGUCCCGGCCCGGUCUGUGGUGACAGAACACAGGUUAAUACCGUGUGCACGCAACAAUUGUGUGUAUGCACAAUUUGGUAUAUCUGCCUAACCGCAUAAACGUAAAAUUUCAACUCAUUUGUAACAUCGAUACAAAGUGUCAACAGCCGAAAAUUUUCUCAUGUGGUGCUUAAUCAGCUAACAGAUUCUGAAAGCUUGCGGGCAUGCAUGAUCUUCCAGAUUCAACAGGAAUUAGUAAGAACACAAAUAUGGCCAUUUGAAAACUCUUACUAGCUAUAAAAAAAUAUAAUAUAAAAAUAGAUGCUAAAAGUAAAUUACAAUUAAAAAUGAGUUAUAAAUGUUUAUUGUUAAGUUAAAAUAACAUAGGUUAUUAGAUUCUUUUCAUAAUUAUUUGUCCUAAUAAUUUGAGUGCCUUAUUACCUGAUCAUAAUUAGUUUUGCCAAAAUGUGAACAUCAUCAGCCUAAAAUCCUUCAUGGCACCAGCAUCCUGAGUGGUCCAAACACUUUGCCUGUCUCUUCCCUGCCUCACUUCCUGUAUUAGAUCCCACAUGACGAUCCCCCAGAUGGGAAUAAAGCGAUGGUUUGCCUCUGUGCCUUUAUUGACGGCUUCCACGUGGAUGGAUAAAUCUGCUUUGUUUAUGACAUACCAUUUUGGAGUGAAAUGCCACAGCGUUUUAUCUCGCCCUUUCUCAUCUUUUCAGUCAAAAGUGUGUCUACUCUUGUUAUCAUUCACCUUGUAAUGGUAAAGUACUGAUAUUUUCUGAUGAUUUGUAUGUUUUCAAGUUAAAACAAUUUAUUAACGAUAGGAAAUGUGAAUAUUUAAUUUAUAAACUAAACAAAUAAAUAUAUUUUACCUAA